CCCUAGCAAAGUGACGGCUUGUAAAUUAAAUUGUUGAGAUUUAAAAUUGCUUGGACUGACGGAAAAAGGGCAGUGAUUGAUUCCAAAUACUGGUUACCUGCGAACAGGGUUUGAUCCCAAAUACCGGUUACCUGCGGACGCAGAAUUCCGCGAAGUCGGCCGCGGAUGCAGGCAGGCAGAAAUAGAUCCCUGUAAUGUAUAUAAACAACAGCAGCCUUUUAGAGUCCAGACAGACCAUGGAGACUUCGGAAGCAGUGAAUACGUGUGCGGAGGGAGACCAGCUGAACGGGUCCUUCCGUCUGCAGUGCUCAAUGUCCUCCGUGGACAUGGAGAGUGAAAGCGAUCUGUCGCUGGCAUUUGACCGGGAAGAGCUGUCUCCUGAUGGCAGCUGCGACGAGCUGCCGACCUUCGAAAUCCGCACCUUCUCGCCCCACGGACGAACACCAUCGCCCAUAGACGACCUCAAUCUGUCGGACAUCGAGACGCCCAAGCAGCCCCUGAGGCACCAGCUCCUUCCCGGUGAGGAGGAGCCCUCCCGCCAUAACGACCCCGAGUAUGUGGCCCUGUGCGAGAUCAACGCCCAGAUCAGCCCGCCCGGCGACGCCGACGACUCCAAAAGCCUGGAGACGAUCUUCGAAGGCGUCUUCUUAAACACCCCACCGCGCGAGAAGGCCACAAACUCAGGCAGUUCGCGCUUCACGCCCAAGCGCAGCCGGUCGAAUCUCAUGGAGCUAAUGGCCAUCGGCAACCGUCUCCACGACGGCAAGGAGAAUCAGUCGCCGGACGCGCGAGUCUCCGACCCCCAAUCGCCAUCGCCGCUCAAGUACCCCACCUAGUGACCACCACCUAUCCCAGCCAAAGCCAUGGAGCCCUCGCUCAGACUGCCAUCGAUGUUCUAGACUAAGUUAGAUUUACCUGAAUGUGUUGUUCAGCCAGCAGGUGUACACUCUGAUGUGUAUCCUCAGCUAAUCCUCGAAUUCUCUCUAGCUACGUGCACUAUAUUUCCGAUGUUAGGCUAGAAGUUUUUGUAGUGGUAAAUAAAGAUUGUCUUUCCUUGUUCCAAACAA